AUGGACGUCUCCGUGCUGAGCGUCACCACGACGCUUCUCAUCGGCGCCGGAUGCUUCGCCAUCGGCUAUCUCUUCGCCGGUUCCAGCGCGGACGUCCAGAAGCACGGCGGCGCCGCCGGGAGUUGCAGUCGCUUCGUCUCCUGGGUGAGGUCGGCUGGUAAGAGGAGCAGGAUGCUUGAGGUGGAGCCCACUGUUUCCUCUCCACUGGAGGAGGCUGAGGUGCCCGAUGAUGACGACGGCGAGGAAGAGGAGGAUGUCGGGCACCAGAGGCGGCAGCGGCAGACGAGGAAUAGACUGAAAGUGAUCCACUCAAAGCCCGCUCCUCAUGAGAUAGAAAACCUCGCGGACAUACUCGAGGAUUUCAAGAUGGUAAAUCAUAUGUGGAAGCGAUAGAAUUCUUUCUUACGUUUAUUUUGCAUCGCGUGUUCCAUCUCUUUCAUAGGUAGUGAUGUUCCGGGCGUUGUUGCAUUUAAGGCGGGAAAAUGGACGAUGGUGAAUUCUUGAUUUGCUUUGUUCAUUCUCCCCCUUCUUUUUCAUAGCCUCGAGCUUACAGACUGCUUUCCAUGGUGUUCCUAUUUGCAGGUGCUGGUGGUUAGGAAUGAUUUGAAGAUGGGGAAGGGGAAGAUCGCCGCACAAUGUAGGUGGGUUGUCGGUAUCCCGUUCAUGUUUAUGCUUCACUGCCUACAUUUUUCAGCCAUACAGAUGGGCUUAAAGCUUUUUCUUACAGAAAAUUCCCACUUUUUGUGACGAAACGCUCAAUCACCGCGAAGGACCGUAGUAAUGAUGGAACACUGUUAUACAUGAACGUGCCCCAAUCUAUAAGCGAUCUUGUCAAUACUUAGUGUGUGUAGGUUACUUCAGUUAUGAAGUAUUGUGUUCCCCCUUCUAUAGAACUACCUAUUUUCAUUGACACAUCAUCAUAGUGCCGCCAUGGAAAGAACACUAAGUAUGGUUUUUUUUAAAAAAAAAAUUAUAAUUAUUAUUAUUAUUUAUUUAAAAUUUCGGAGAUAGCCUAAUCAGUUAGUAGAUAAAAUAUGGGAGCGGAAGAUAUCCGUGAGCCACUCUUUAUCAUCUCAGUCUCUUCAGUGGCCUUUGGCCUGGAGACACAAACUUAGAUCAUCAAGGAUCAGAAUUUUGGCCUACCAACCCAUGGGCCAUGGGUGAUUGCCAUGUACGCCAAAAAAUACUCGUGCUUUCAGAUUCAAAAAUAAAAUAAAACUCUAAAAGGUAACUUCACAUGUGACCCAUUUCUUGACGGUAGAAUUUCCAUGUUUUCAAAAAAUAAAUAUUUUGAAGAUCCUUGUUUUCUUCGCUUCCCUCCUAGUGGUGAGAUUAAAUCAUUCUUCAAUUUUUUUCAAAGGUCUAUUCAGAAUGAACUUUGGGAAUUGUUGAAGGUCAAGUUCUGACGAUUCAACCACUUAAUUGGUCCUAAUUCUUAUUCCAUCAUUCUAGGAUAAUAAAUCUUGCAAGAUUCUGCAAGAAUUGUGACUUGCCUUUUCUCCUAGCCAAGCAUCUUGUGAGAAUUGUAGAAAAAAAAAAUGGCUUGUUUUUAUCUACUUUUUUCUUCUGCCGAGCAUUGUCCUUAUCCACCUUGUAAUAUUUUCGGCUUCUUAUAGUUAUUAGUAAUAGUAUUAAAAUACCUUCAAAAAGGAAUGGUCGCCCUAUAUAGCUGAGCAGGCUUAUGGGAAAAUUCUUUUCUGAAAAAUUUGGUGAUUAUUACCUACUCAAUGACAAAGGGGGAAAAGGAAUCAAUAUGUGUAGUAUCGAGAGGGUGCAAGUGAAAAAGUUAAAUAAAUAAAAAAACAUGUCUAUCAGCCUACAGCAGUGUGUGCUCUCCCCCUUGCACAUUAAAUUUUCUGGUGGAAUUGCCUGCCUCAAUUCCCUUGGAUGGAUCCUUACCGUACACAAUUGUUGAAACAAGAAAGGGAUGAGAGCUUCUAUGCUUCUCUGGUAUCAACAAUGGGAUUUAUCUCCUCUGAGGCCUCAAUUCUACUAUGGAUCUUGAUCAGUUUUUUAUAUUUCUACAACCCUUCAGUUGUCAUUCUUCAAAUCUUCACUAGUGAGAGAAAAGCAGAAAUUAUCAUUUUCUCCCCCUACUGCUAUGUCCAAGAUUAUUUGGACACCGAUGUAUACAUAUUUUUUAGGCAUAAAAUAUUACGAAAUUCGUGGCAAAGCAUGUGUACACAUUUUGCGAUGCUAUUAUUAAACUGUUUCGAUGUUGCCUAUGGUUUAUUUUUUGUAUAGGAGGUUUUUCUGGAGGAACUUACUUCCUUGUCCUUCUGAUUACGUAAUGUGGCACAAAAGCAGCUACUUUGCCUUAUUUAACCUUUCAGCAUUCCCUGAAUUCUUCAUAUUUCGAUUUCCUCUUUGGUUUCAGCCACGCAACUUUGGGUUUAUACAAGAAACUCCAUCACAGGGCACCUAAAGCAUUGAGAAGGUAACUUUCUUCUUUUCUUUUUCCUCUGCGCAACAUGUAUGGGGUUUAAUCUUCUCGUACCUUAUGACCAGAAAAUGCUUGUCGAAUGUGAUGACUAAUGUUUUCAUGACAUCUUCCCUUUCUGGCAGGUGGGAAAUGUGUGGGCAGGUUAAGGUUGUCUUGAAAAGCGAGAGCGAAGAAGAUUUGCUGGUUUUACAAGUAUGAGAUUCAUUGAGAAUGGCAGAUCCAAUUUUUUUCGGUGUUAUUUGAUGAUGAUAAUUGUUUGCACUUCACGAUAAGCAAAUAUAAAACUCUCCCUCUAUAUUUAAAUGUUUACCUGUGGAAGAUGGUCUGCUAAUUUUUAAAGGCCUUUUUCCAAGUUGGUGUCACAAUUAAGUCAAAUGAUCAGCCGUUUUCUCCGAAAUGUGUGUCAGUGGUGUCUCCAUUUGCCAUCACAUUCGGGAGUCUCCUCAGAGGAUACCUUGGAAAUAUGUUUUCUCACCUCCAAGUGCAGAGCACUUCCCAAAUACUUGUCAGAAAUGUGUUCCGCAAUUUUUCCUUUUGAAGUGGUUGAGAUGCAAGGAGAGAGAACCUGAUAAACUGCUGCUGGCCAAUGGUUUCAUCAGUAACUGGGACUGAUACUGAUUGGUAACUUAGCUAAGCAAAUAGGAGCAUAAAUUUUACUUAAUUCACACGACAUUAAUGAUAUCAAUUCCUUGCUUUCUUAUUAUCUUCUUCGAUGCCUUGUAAUGUUUUAUAUGGCAUCAACUUACUUUACUCUUCUUUUUUUUCGACAGGCAAGAGCCAAGUCACUGAAACUGCCAACCCAUAUUACUAUAGAUGCUGGAAGGACACAGAUUGCACCAAGUGGGUUGUUUCAGAUUUUUUCCGUUCUAAAUUUCACUGAAAUGACUAGUUAUUAUGUAUUUACGUGGCCCACUGGCUCCUGAUUGGCCUACCCUUGUAUGAGUCUAGAGUAGUUCUUCCCUCUCUUUUGAUGUUUGUGAGAGAGACUCACAUUUUUGCUUUCUCUCUCUUAAAAAAAAUAUAUAUAAUGUUAGAAGUGUUGUGCUAUGAUAUAUUUUUGUAAUGUAGCGAGAGGCUGACUUUUCAUGAAACAUCCUUUUCAGCUUUGAUGAAUUCAAAGGUCGUCCUGUUACUGACUAGUACUUUCUCUUUCCACAGAUUCGAGAACAGUGAUGGCUAUUCUCGGUAAGCAUCUAAUUCACAUUAGAAUAAUAUCAAACUAAUGUUGUCAGAAUUUCUUGGCUUGAUUGGAAAUAUUAGGCGGUGGUACCAAUCAAUAAACUUGUUAAUUUAUUAUAUUUUAGUGAUGUACCAUGUCAUUACCUCCUAGAUGUCCAUGAAAUAUCUAGGAAUGAGAAUCUUUCAAUCAGGCCAAAUUUAUAAAAUUGCAAGCCCUACCCUCCCCCAAGGACUCUCCCACCAGUAGCUAAUAUUGUCAACUAGGUGGAUCUCUGGGUGUAGGAGGUGAUUUAGGAGGCUGCUGCUCAUGGAUGGACUCUCUGCUCUUUCCAUCUAUAUGUACAAUGAUGGACCCACAGAGAGUCGUUAACAAAGUCAAUGGUUUUAUUUUUCCACGAUCUUGGGAAUUUCUCAUUUUAUCAUAUUUCUAGCUCAAGUUCCCUUAUACUAUGUUGUGUUCUUUAACAGGUCCUGCCGACAUGGUCAACGAUGUUACUGGUGGGCUGAAGCUUUUGUAG